CCCCAGCACAACUCUAUCUUGACAGGCCAUGCAUGGGUUCGAGAACUCCUAUCAGGACAUCCCCGUCACUUCCAUAAUAUGAUGGGCCUGUCCAAGCCAGUAUUUCGCCAAUUGCUCCAUGAACUCAGUGCAUAUGCGGGCCUUGCACAUUCAAGAUAUAUCUCUUCUGAAGAACAGCUGGCAAUUUUUCUU